AUCACUUUUAAAUAUACAGAAAACCGUAGGUACACUUGAUGUUAUAUAUUUCGAUAUCUAUAAGUCAAUAACUUCUUAAUUAACACUCACUUAUGAUAAAUUAUUUAAAAUGAUUUUGAAUUAUUUAAUCAAAACAGGGUAGUAAAUACAAAAUCAUUUGUAAUUAUUUUAAGUAAAUAAAUUAAAUAUCUAAUAAAUGUACCAACAAGCUAUUUAAGCGCUUUCUUUGAGAUAGUUGAAAAAAAAAAAUCGCCUGCGAUAGAGUUUCGAAACUCUUAGAAAAGUGGCAUAUAAAAGGUUUGUUAAUAUUUUUGAUUAUAAUGUGUAUAAUAUAUAUGUGUAUAAUAACAACUCUUGUUCUUGAGUCUGUGCGGGAAUGUUAAUCGAGCACCUGUAAAUAAAUUUAGAUAAUGUAUUAAUUUAAAUUAUACCUGAUUUCAUUAUUUUAUUUAAUAAAUAUCACUCUUUUUGUAAGAGAAGAAUUCAAAGAAAGGUAUUGUUAUACAACGAGAAUAUUGAACGAUAUUCUUCCGUAUUCCUAUAUACAUUUAUAUUUUGCUAUUUCAAGUAUAUUAUUUUAGGAAUGAGCGAAGAAAAUUAAUUGAAUGCUGAUAAAAACUAAAACAAAAAUAAUCUUGAGAAAAUAAUAAAGUUAGAUAAAAAGAAUGGGAAUUUUGAUAUUUAUGAUAAAUACUCCAGACGCAAGCUGAAGAUUAGGACAUCAUAGAACAAUUCCUACAUCAACAGUUCGUAUUAGAAUGAAUACAUUUUAUGUUAUUUUUGGAGACAUAUUAACUAAGUGUACUUUAAGAAAGUGGAUGAACCUGAAUAGGAGAGACUUGAAUAUCUCAAAGCUAUGAAUGAUGAUGCUAUUGUGACAGAAUUUCCUAUAAAUCUUAAAUAAAUAACAGAUUUAAUCAGAAAAUAAAACUUAUUGGGAGAAUAUUUAGAAGCACAUCAAGUUGAGCGGUCUCAUUCACAAAGCAAAAGCUCUGAAAAUACCUUAGAUCGAGAAAAUAUAUUACAUGAAACAAAAAUCAAUGACAUCAGUUCAUUAAUACAAGAAAAUGCUUAAUUGGAUAAAUUGCUGGACAAGUUGAAUGAACAGAUAGAACUGAGAACAGGACAAAAAGAUGAAAUCUUUCAAUAAUUGUAAGAGUAUUCAAAUGAAUUACAACAAUUAAACAAAUCUAAUAAGAAAGAUCUAUAAAAUCUCACUUAAAAAAUUAAAAGUGAACAACCUUUAAAUGUCUUUGGAACCUAAGUGCACAUUUACAAGCAAGCCCGAGGCAAUAAUAAUCUUAGCAAGAAUCAAAUUAUAUAUAAUAAUGAGGCACUAUUGACUUAUCUGAGGAAGAGUCUGGAACAACUGGACUUUAGACAAACUGCAGAAUCAAUAGUGAAAGUCAUUAACUCUGUGCAUUCUCCUAAUGGUUAUUAGUUCUGUGUGGCAUUUGAGUAGGCUUUGAAUUCUACAUAUGUAAAUAUAGAUGAAGAUUUGAUGUAUGAAUUGGAUAAAUUGAGAGAUACAUCUUUAUUUAAAUUCUACAACAUCCCUUAGAAAACUAAAUAUUCUCACAUCGCUUAAAAUUUUGUUGGAAUAAAUCAAGUUCAAUAAAAUAGAUAGAAGCCUAAUCCAUUAAUAAAUAAAAAUCUAACUAAAGAAUCUAAAGCAUCUUAAUCUGGUGAUAAUGAUUCUACUUUGCUAAGAUAUGAGGCUUGUCAUCAUUGCAAAAUGUUGUUUAGAGAAGAAUAUCUUAUCUCUUGUAAUUAUAGAAGUGGAACCAUGGGACUCCCAAUAAUCAAUUCAUCAAUAACUGAUUCAUAUUUGUUCACUCAAAUGGAUGACGAGGGCAUCAAGAGUAGAAGACAAGUUCCAAAUAGAAAGAAAACAGCAUACAGCAUUUAUUCAAAGAAGAAUGGUGAGUUGAUAUGUCAACGAAAGUUCUGUAGAAUGUGUUUGAAAUAAAAUUAUGAUAUAAAAAUAGAAGAAGUCAUAUAGAAGACAGAUUGGGUUUGUCCUUUUUGUUAGGCUAUAUGUUUUUGUUCAAGAUGUCAGAGAAAUGAUAUAAUGAUUAAAUUAAAGGAUCUAUAUACAAUUUGUGGAGGGGAUUUAGAAUAAUUAACUAAGGAUUCCAUCUUUGAAAAGUAUGUUCGUCCCUUAACAGAUGAUUAAUUAUAUAGGAAGAAACCCAGCCAGCUUCAGAGAACUGGGUAUUCCUUUGUAAAAUAGUAGUUGAAUAACUUCAAAGAUAUGCAAGCAAUAAGAUUGGACUUUGAGAAUUUGAGAUUGUUGUGUUCUCAAUUAAUGAGGAGAGAGAAAAUGAAAUGGAGAAUGUUGGAAUAAGACAUUCUUAUUUGGAACAAUGAAGCCAAAUAACAGAAAUAAUAAAAAUUAUAAAAAUCAUCAAUUACAAAAUCUGUCCAAAAAAAACAAAAGGAUCAGAAGAAGUUAAAAAAAAUAACUAAAAAAGCUUAGAAAUCUGAUGUUUAGUAUAUUCAAGAAUUAUCCUCUUCAUCUUCAUUUUCAUCAAGUAGUAGUGAAUACUAAUAAAGUAGUGAAUACGAAUCUGAAGAAAAUGAUAAUAAUAACAACAAUAACAGUAAUAAUAAUAGCAAUAAUAAUAAUAACAAUCAUAAAUAGAACAAUGAAAAAAUUAAUAUGAUAUCAUAAAAAAUGAAAUAAAAAAACAUUAAAUAAGUCAGUAAUGACAAACAAUAAUCAUUAAAUAAGAUAUUACAAAAUUAUAAGUCAUUUCCUGCUAAAAAUGUAAAGAGAGAAGUUGCAUACUUAUUGCAAUAUCAAGACAGUGACACCUAUAGUCUCAUUGUAAAAAAAAUCAAAUAAGAUUAAUCGAUUAACUCCUUAAAGAGAUGA